AGUUUAGGUCGGAAAUGAUAAUUUAGUGGUCCAACAGCACAUAGGAAAGAAAAGGUGGCCUUUCACACCUUCAGAACUCUUAUAAAACCAUCCUGCAGAUGAAGAAGCCAGAAUGAGAUAAGGAAGAGGAAGAGGAAGUUCAAAUCUGGCCAGAACUUCCCGCUUACUCUUCGCUUUCCUUGUCUUCAUUAAAGUAGUGACUUGCAUAAUCAUGAGCGUUACUGGGGAGAAAGAAACGAGGAUAGGAAUUGUGGAAAAGAAUGAGAAGCAAAAAGUGGAAAGCAAUGAGAAAACUUUGACAGAUGAUAUUCCCAAGUUCAACCACAGAGGAUGGAGAGCCAUGCCCUACAUCAUAGGGAAUGAAACUUUUGAGAAGCUUGGAGCUAUUGGAACCUUAGCCAACCUUUUGGUUUACCUCACGACUGUGUUUAACCUGAAAAGCAUUGCAGCUACAAAUAUGAUCAACAUCUUCAAUGGCUGCACCAAUUUCGCUACCUUGCUUGGAGCUUUUCUCUCUGAUACUUACUUUGGUCGCUACAAGACUUUGGGAUUCUGUACCAUUGCUUCCUUUUUGGGAUUGCUAAUGAUACAGCUAACAGCAGCCAUUAAGAAUCUGCAUCCACCUCACUGUAUAAAGGAGAGCAGCACAUGUGAAGGGCCAACGACAGGGCAAAUGGCAUUUCUGUUGGCUGGAUUUGGAUCACUACUGGUAGGAGCCGCAGGAAUCCGACCAUGCAACUUGGCAUUUGGAGCAGAUCAGUUCAAUCCCAACACAGAGUCUGGAAAGAAAGGGAUCAACAGUUUCUUCAAUUGGUACUUUGUCACAAUUUAUUUUGCCGUCUUUGUGUCCUUGACACUAAUAGUCUACAUACAAUCAAACUUGAGUUGGGCAGUGGGUUUAGCAAUUCCUGCAGCUUUGAUGCUCCUAUCUUGUGUAGUCUUCUACAUGGGGUCCAAAGUUUAUGUCAAAGUGGAACCAACAGGAAGUCCAGCAACAAGCAUAGUGCAAGUGAUUGUGGUAGCUAUUAAGAAGAGGCAUCUGAAGCUUCCAGAAAAUCCAUCGGUUUCCCUCUUUUCCUAUAUGCCUCCAGAGUCCAUGAACUCCGAGCUUGCUUACACAUACCAGUUCAGGUUGCUUGACAAAGCAGCGAUUAUGACCCCAAAGGAUCAGAUAAACCAUGACGGUUCUCCAACUGAUCCAUGGAAUCUCUGCAGUGUGCAGCAAGUGGAAGAGGUGAAAUGCUUGUUAAGAGUGAUUCCCAUAUGGUUCUCAGCCCUUAUAUUCUUCGUGGCGGGUGUGCAACAGAACACUUUGCUGGUGUUCCAAGCAGUCCAAUCUGACAGAAGGUUUGGACAUAGCACGUUCAAGAUCCCAGCAGCAACCUACAGUAUCUUCUCCAUGCUGACAAUGUCCAUAUGGUUGCCUUUAUAUGACAGAAAAAUAGUCCCUCGACUCAGAAGGCUGACCAAGAAAGAUACUGGCAUCACACUCCUUCAGAGAAUGGGAAUUGGGAUGUUUCUGGCUAUAAUUUGCAUGCUGGUAUCUGCUAUAGUGGAAGAACAUAGAAGGACUCUCGCUCUGACAAAGCCUAUAGGAGUAGAACCUAGAAAAGGUGCUAUUUCAUCAAUGUCAGGUCUAUGGUUUAUUCCACAGUUGGUAUUAUCUGGACUUGCUGAAGCAUUUACAUCAGUAGGACAGGUUGAGUUUUACUACAAGCAAUUCCCUGAGAACAUGAGAAGCAUUGCAGGGUCUCUUUUCUUCUGUGGAAUGGCAGGAUCAAGCUAUUUGAGCACUCUUCUGAUUUCAAUCGUUCACCAGAUCACAUCCAAAUCUUCAACUGGGAAUUGGAUACCAGAAGAUCUUAACAAAGGCAGACUAGAUUACUUUUACUACGUUGUUGCUGCUAUAGAAGUUUUAAACUUCGGCUACUUUUUACUAUGUGCAACGUGGUACAAGUAUAAAGAAACUGGCAGAAGUAGCCUUGAAUCCAAAAAAACAGAAACAUCUGCUAAUGGCGUUUGAAGGUAAAGGACAGAUUUCUGCGGAAAUAUGGAUUUUGGUCCCUGUAAAGACACCGAUUUCUACAACGUCAUCUCAGCAUCUUGCCCGUGCAAGGCAAAUUUGCCAAUCAUGAUAGUGUGUAAGUAAACAUUAAGGAACAAUCUAGUUGAAACAAAUAUCGAUCAAAAAGUAUCGUUUUUUUGGGGGGGGGGGGGGGAAUUCAUCACUUUCACAUGGCUACCUACAGGGCUUGUAGUAGGUUAGAAAUAAUGCGUAGUGGUUAGGGGUCAGCAAAAGCAAUAAGUGCAUUGUGAUGAUUAUAUUAUAUGCAGAAGAGAGAGAGAAGCAUAGUCUUCAAAUACUUGUUAGAACAAGCCGCGACGCCUUCAAAUGAAACACAAUAAGGAAAUAUGACUUUUGAUCCCUAAAA